CCACCAUCAUCAGUUCUUCAUCUCAAAUGAUCUGAGAAUUUCCCUUGGAGGCUUGAAGGAUAGCCAUUUGUGCCCGUCACGCGCACUCACUUUGACGACUGGCUUUGUUCCGCCUGUGCCAUGCCGGCUGUCGAGGGAGGAGAGGAGGGAGCCGAAGAAGAGCACGAAGAGGGCCUCCUGACUGGGCAUGGAGGCGCAGGUAUUGCACCACAACCUGCACCCGAGGCACAAGAGUUUUUGGGGUCCAGACACCCACAGGAGGCCGAGGCACCUCGCUAUACAGGAGGUGACAUGGAGACACUGUCCGAAUUGUCGGAAGCUCCCACAGAGAACAUCUCCAGAUGUGCAGGUGAAUCUCAGCCCAGACCCAGUCGCUGGCAGCCAGGUAUGGCGCUGUUCUACCCUUUGCUGCGCCUGGGUCAACGGCAAAGCCGUUGCGAGGCGACGUUCAACCUCUUGAACAACUUGCUGGGAGCAGGUCUCCUGGCGAUGCCUCGCGCAAUGGCGGAUGCCGGGCUGAUUUCAGGGUUGGCUUUGAUGGGUAUCUUAGCCUUGGCAAACAGAUACACCAUGCUCCAGGUGCUUUGGAUGAGUCAUUCAGUCUUAAGCUCGGAAGAGUGCUCUUACCCAGAAUUGGGGAGACAUGUCUUCGGGCAGAAGGGCCUGGCUGCGGUCUUGGCUGCUUAUUUGCUGCUGACCCUGGGGAUUUUGUCCUCCUAUUUGAUGGUCAUUGUUGACCUUCUGAAUUUGACGUUGCCAGCUCCACGGGCGGUCCAAGUGUGUUUGGCAGUGCUGAUCUGCUUGCCAGGAGCAUCACUGAGGUCAUUGAAACAAGUGGCCCUAGUGAGUGUCGUUUGCAUGCUCGGCGUGUGCUGCUUGGUUGUGGUCCUGACCACAGUCUCGGUGAGCGAUGUCUUGUCUGAAGACCUGGUGAACGCCCCCAUUGAGACACCUGGGAGACCAGGAGAUGUAGAUCUCUUCCGAGGUGACAUUGGGAGAUUCUUCUCAGGAGCGGCUCUUUUUUCCCUUCAAUUCUCAGUGCAGGCUGGUGGAAUUGAGGUUCUCAGCCGUUUGGACUCAGAACAGCAAGAGGCUCAGGAGGCACCGGCAUCCAUGAGCUCCUUGCUGGCAGCAGAAUCCAUCACCGAGGUUGCCUACACCAUUGCCCUGCUCCUGUCUGCCACUUUAGGAACGGCGGCCUACCUCCGCUUCGGGGACCGGGUGGCUGGAAAUGUCCUCUUAGACUUCAGCCCCACCACCUCGUAUUGGCCCUUGAUGGCCUCCUGGGUGUCCUACGCCUUUGUGGUCGUUUGCUCCUUUGCCUUCAUCAUGGUUCCGUGCAGACUUGCUGCCUUGGACGUGUUUGCGUUGAGGCGAAGGGACAGCGGUGCACCUCAGGAUACCUUGCCAAAGGAGCGAUUCUUUUCGCUGACAGCUGGAAUCCUGGGUAUUUGUGCUUUGGUUGCAUGGAUCUGCACCGACCUCUCGGAAGUCCUGAAGUUCGUCGGGGUUUGGGCGACAAUGGCAUUGGCUUUCAUCCUGCCCUGCUCCUUCUUGAUCGAACUUCGUAGACGUCAGGAGGGAGUGUCUUGGAUCUCCUCUGCGAACUGGCUUGAACUCCUGCUCAUUGCCUUUGGUGUUUCGGUGGCCGUGAUCUCGACGGUGGAUUGGCUCACCCCGCAUCUGGCGGCACCUGCCCAGGGUGCCCUCGGCCAACGAACCUUUGUCCCAGAUCUGCGGGAGGUCAACCCAGGACCAGGCCUUGCCAAAACCGUCGAUCCUCACAUUUGAGUGGAACUGACAAUGGCGCUGCAAAGAGUCUGCCAGUCACAAGCAAAGACUGUGCGCCACGAGGGUCACAAAAAGGGUGUGGUCCUCCUGGUUCCGGAUUGGUUUACCACGGUUUACCUAAGUGUCCCGAACGGAAGCGUUCUUGGUGUCUUAGAAAGCUGCUGUUUGACCGACCCUCGUGUGGAGACACCUUGGAGGUGACACCUUGGAGACCCUUUGGGGUUGGACCAGCUCAGUCCAAAUCGCCCUGCUCCUUCUGCGGGUCUCGGGUGACGAUUGAUCGAAGGACGCGCCCCAAAAGACAUCGGUCGCCUCAGUCGCUUGGUGCGGAGCAAUGCUUGGUGCGAGUACACGGAAUCAAUGUGGGAAGCUCCGAUCAGACACCCGGCCUUAAC